CAGCGCCAUCCGCGAUGUAGGUUAAAGCGGCCGGAGCCGGAGCAAUGUAGGCCGACUAUAAACUGGUGUUCGUCUCCUCUGCCCCGACAGUUCGUGCUAACCUCUGUCGUGGAUAUAACUACUCCCUGACCGUCGCUUAUUUUCAAAGAUCAGGAUGCUGCGGGAGCUCUUCCUCGUGGUUCUUGGUGCGAUCGUGGUCGCAGCCCAAAGGAGACUGGCUCUUCCAGACCCCCGAAGCUGUGCUAGCAGAUUACAGCACUCGACGUACAGAGAUGCUCGAGGUGUGACUCACUCGUAUUUCUUCAGUUGGGAAUACCCACCAACAAGGAAUUUGGAAGUUGACUGGCUCGACGCUAGGAACAUCUGCAGAAGACACUGCAUGGACGCAGUCAGUUUAGAAACUCCACAAGAGAACGAAUUCAUCAAGCAACGUUUAGUCAGAGGUAACGUGAAGUACAUCUGGACCUCAGGGAGAAAAUGUAACUUCAACGGUUGUGACCGCCCUGACUUGCAGCCGGCCAACGUGAACGGUUGGUUCUGGUCCGGCUCUGGCGCCAAAAUCGGACCCACCACCCAGAGGAACUCCGGAGACUGGAGCAGCACCGGAGGUUUCGGCCAAGCUCAGCCUGACAACAGAGAGGCACCCCAGGGCAACGAUGAAUCCUGUUUAGCCAUCUUAAACAAUUUCUACCAAGACGGAGUCAAAUGGCACGAUGUGGCUUGCCACCACUUGAAACCCUUCGUGUGCGAAGACAGCGACGAACUUCUCAACUUCGUUCGAUCCAGGAAUCCGGGAAUCCGUCUUUAAGGCCCAUCGACAGUCCCCCCUAACACUGGCGACUGAAUCGCUGCAAGACUCAAAAUGAACACCCCCCUUUUCACUUCGAACGCACCAAGGCUCAAACGAAACGACUUGCCUAAGGAGGCUCAGAUAAUGUGCAUGUAUCCAAAACACCCCUUAAACGGCAAGUAUUGAAAGAAAUUGCCGGGAAAUUCUUCUCUAAAACACCCCGCAAUCAUGAACCAGCAGCUGAAGUUUUCCACCGAUUUCUUUGUUUCCAAAAACUGUAGAGGUUUUGCGAGGUGAUAAAAGUUUGAUGUAUAUACGCUCCAGCAGUCGUUUCGCUUGAAAAUCUGAAAGCCACUAGAAAGGGUUUGACCGUUGGACCCUUUCCUCCGAGGGUCGGAGAAAAUGUCUCGCAGCAUCCCCAAUCAUGGUUUUUUACGUUUCUCGUCGGUGAAGUUGCCAAAUUUAUCUAAAAAAGUUGUCCCCGGAGAAUAAUGCUUUAAAGAGAGAAAUGUACUCUGCGGUUAGCUGCCAGCGAUUGGGAAUCAUCUCAUUUCUCUCUUAUUGCAGUGCAGGAGUGACAAUUAUUUUUAUUUAUUAUUUUGGAAACAUCAGGCAACCAUGGUUACCGCGGUUUAAUAAUUCCUACUCUUUCAACUUGCAUUGUUUAAAAACGUAAAGUAUUAUGGAUUGGAACUUACCAAAAUGUUGUUCAUUUUACUCGGACUGCUCAAAAAAUCAAAUCCGGUUGUAAAAAAUCGAUCAAAACGAACGAUCUUGUGAAAUUUCAGCCUCGAAAACUGGUGGGAGGACAUUUCAAGGAAUAUAAGAAGUCUCCUUUUCUUUGAAAAAUGAAAGUGCGCCUCAUUCGGAAGUGAAUGAUCGAUGAGAAAAAUGUAGUAGAAAAUAAAAGCUCUCGUUUUGCAAUCAAAUCAAGGUUUGAAAUAAAAAAUCAGUGCCGAACAGUAUACGAGAGUUCAGAUCUAAGCCCGGUUAAAAAUUUUGAGUAUUUUUCAAAUUCUAAAAAACAUAAAAAAGAAAAGUCAACUUUUUUAUAAUACCGGUGAUAGUACUUUCAUUCAGUCACAGAGUAAAAUUGAAAACAGCAAUUGAGCCAUUAUAAGUUGUCGACAACUAAAUGAUAAAAAUUAAAAAAUGUGUUUCGUUCCAAUUUUUAACAAUUAAAAAAUUUAAAAAAUACAAUUUUACAAAAUUUGAGAAAUUUGAAAUCAAUUCGUUUUACUCUGUAAAAACACAGCCGAUCAUCAAGUACGUACCAAAAAUGAAAAUAAAAGCAUAGAUUUAGUUUUAGUGUGUACAACUAUCUGAUAAGUUUACGUUAAGAUAUUUUGUAUUAUUUAAUUUUUAAAACAAAUAAAUUAUUGAUUUAGUUCGACA